CAGUUCAGAUCGGACAACCAGCUUAGCAAGAAGUCAACGCAGCGAGCGCAUUAAAAUACUAAGAAAAUAAACUCUCGGCUGAUUAAAUAGAUUCCUCGUAUUCAUUAUGAAAAAUUUACAAACGGAAUUCGAGAACGUUGAAGUUCCAGUACCGAAUAGAAAUGGAAAACAUAGGAGGUGUCUAAUAUGGUUAUGUGGGGUUCUCAUUUUGCUCGUUUCCGCAGCCAUCGUUUACUUUGUCUGGCCAACGAGUAGUAAUAAAGUGUCACUGCAGGUGAUCAGUGUGGACAACUGGGGAGGAAGACAGUCAAAAGGGAAUCUCACCAAAGUAGACCUUCCCGUACAUCGUGUGAUUAUAUCGCAUACCGGUGCCGAAGGCUGUGAAUCAAAGGAUGUUUGUGCCGAUCGAGUCCGUGUGCUGCAGAACUUUGUCAUGGAUAGCUGGAAUUGGGAUCACAUUGGCUACAAUUUUCUCAUUGGUGGCGAUGGACUCGUCUACGAGGGUCGCGGCUGGGAUGACCAGGGUGCACAUACAAGAGGCUAUAAUGUCGAUAGCAUUGGCAUCUCUUUCAUUGGCACUUUUAUUCAAAUAAGGCCAACAGAGCAACAACUCCAUGCCUGUCAGCUCCUGCUGGAGGAAGGUGUGCGCCUCAAGAAGCUCGUUCCCAACUAUAAACUCUACGGACAACGUCAACUAAGUCCCACCGAAAGUCCCGGAGAAUUGCUGUACGGCAUCAUACAGAAAUGGCCACAUUGGACAAAUAAAAUAUAAUAACUUUGGUGUAUGGACAAUAAAUCUGAAGUUGUAAAUUCUUAGAGUUUGUAAGAAAGCUCAAAAAUAAAUCGAAAUAUUAUCUUCUUGCAUAUAAA